CUACACAAUGUUUAAAGUUUGACCUACUUUGUUAUAAGAACCAUUCAAAUAAGAACCAUUCAAAUCUGAUGAGAGAAUACAAUAUCGAUUUGCGAUUGCUAGACCACUUUCAAACAUGUUUCGAAAUGUCGGGACGGCGCGUUGCAUUGCGCGGCAGUGCUGCAGGAAUUGGAAGGGGAGGAGACAUCUUUCGAGAUCCUCGAAGCAUCUUAGCAGUGGGAAACUACAAUGGAGUUACUCGGCGGGCUCCUCCGAAACCCCGCUGAUCGGGAAAACCAUUGACCAGGCCCUAGAGGCGGCGGUGGAGAAAUACGCCUCCAGGACCUUCUGUGUCUUCAGCGACGAAAAUCUCAGGCUCACAUAUGAAGAGACGAGGGCGAAGGUGAACCAACUGGCGGCCGGGUUAACAGCAAUCGGAGUAGACCCUGGCGACCGAGUGGCCGUUCUCGCGCCAAAUAUAUCCGAAUAUAUCUUGCUCCAGUAUGCCUUGGCGAGAAUGGGCGCAUUACUGGUGACGAUCAACCCGGCAUAUCAAGUGGGCGAACUUCAACACGCAUUGAAAAAGGUUGGCUGCAAGGUAUUGGUGUCCCUCGACAAGUUUAAGACGCUCGACUACCACAGAAUGAUCACUGCUAUAGCACCGGAAUUGUCCACGUCAAAACCAGGAGAACUGAAGUCCAAAAAUUUACCCGAUCUCAAGCAUGUGGUCUUUGUAUCACCGAAACGAUUCACAGGUGCCUGGAGUUUCCAAGACCUGAUGGACGCAGGUGAAAGCCGCCAUUACAAGCAGGUGGAGGAGCUUUUCUACAAGUUACAGUUUGAUGAUCCGAUCAAUAUCCUUUUUACAUCGGGCACGACUGGCUCACCAAAGGGAACUGUUUUGACACAUCAUAAUAUCGUCAACAUAUGCAAUUCAUCAGGUAUUCGAUUAGGCUACCCGGAUUACAAAGACAGUGCCAGUAUCUUGUGUCCAGUUCCCAUGUUCCACGUGUCAGGUCUCUAUGUGGGAAGCACCACGACCUUGCUCCAUGGAGGAAAGGUUGUUUGGCCCUCGGCGGGGUUUGACGCAACAAAGGCCUUAAAGGCAAGCCAGGAUGAGAGGGUAAACCUGAUGUCAGGCAUACCGACCAUGUGGAUAGACUAUCUCAACCAUCCUCAGUUUGAUACAUUUGAUCUAUCGAGCGUCCACACAGGGUUGGUAGGAGGCUCCCAGUGCCCCGAGGAACUCAUGAGACAAAUGGUGGAGGGAUUCAAAUUGGAGGCAUUAUUUAUCUUGUACGGCAUGACGGAGUGUACUGCUCUCGUCUGCGGCACCGAUCCCAAGAAGGACUCUAUGAAGAUGCAGAUGUCCUCUAUUGGAAAAGCAAUCGAUAAUCUUGAGACAAAGAUUGUUGACCAAGAAGGCCGUGUUGUCCCAGUGGGAACCUCUGGUGAGCUCUGCUGUCGGGGUUUCUCCACCAUGCUUCACUACUGGGAGGAUGAGGAAAAGACCAGAGAAACACUGCGCAAUGAUGGCUGGCUGUAUACCGGGGACACAGCAACAAUGGACGAGGAUGGAUACACCUAUAUCGUGGGUCGCAGCAAGGAUAUGAUCUGUCGAGGAGGAGAAAAUAUCUUCCCCGCGGAAAUCGAAGACUAUCUGCUCACGAAUGAGAAGGUACAAUCCGCACAGGUGGUAGGCGUGCCAGACGAAAGGCUACAGGAAGAGAUCUGCGCCUGCAUCCUCCUCCGUCAGGGCGAACAAGCAACGGAGGAAGAAAUCGUUGCAUUUUGUAAGGGAAAUAUAUCUCACCAGAAGGUCCCCAGACACGUCAUUUUCGUGGAGAGUUUCCCACUGACGCCCGUCGGUAAGGUCAAGAAAUACGUCCUCCGGGAAAUGGCAAAAGAGAAACUUGGUCUGGAGGACGUGUAGGAGGCCGAUCGAGCGGCUCCCACGGAAAUGUGUUAUCUCUGUUUACAUUAAUUAAAACAGAGUAAAGAAAUAACGAUGUCCUAGAAGUUAUCAAAGAGACUGUGUUUCUCUAUUUUUAAUGAACUGCGUAACAGACUGGUAACAGAUUGGUAACAGACUGGUAACAAUAUAACAAAGGGAACUCGGCCAAAACUUUGACAACACUUGAUAACUUUUGCGGACUUUUAUUUUCACCAAGCUCACGAUCUCCAUUCUGAUAUUGAAGUAAUUUUCAUUCACGAAACGUACUAGGGAACAUCUCGGCAUAUCUCAAAUUCUCGUGAUUUCACUUCAGCAAGGUCGAGAUUAUGUGGAGUUCACGAUUUCCCAUGUAACGUGUCAUUGUUCACUUUUCAUGCUUGACAUGAAGAACGAACGAGGGAUGUUCAAAGACCGGGCUACAUCCAGUAAUCUUACUCCGGUUUAUAAACGCAUCGACACAAUAUAUAGAUGUACAAAAUAAGAGAGACCUUAUGUUCACUACAACAGUGAGUCCUUAUUUUAUUUGUCGUACUACUACAUUAAAACUAACAUCAUGUUUAUCGAUCGCAGAUCACAGUUUCAUAUGAGUUCUAUGGUAGUAAGUUAAGUCUUCUACAUUAUAUCAUGCCUUUAUAGUGAUGAGAUCUUCCUUACACUACUAAUGAUAGCCAUCCAAGUUGUCGAACUGAAGAUCGCAACACGACCAGCAAAAUGAAAGAGAAUACAACAUUAACCAUGUGCAUUUUUCGUAAUUUUGCUCGUGGAGAUGCUUGGCUCUGGAAAAUAACACGCGCCUUCAUGAUCAAAUGAAACUUCUCCAGUCUUCCUUUUUCUUGAUGGAUGAAACUUAGUCCAUGCAUGAGUCUACUCACGGACGCCGCCCAAGUUCGGAUGUACCAGUUAUCGCUUACACUUACGUAUUUGACCAAGAGCACCUACACCCUGUCAUAAAGGUAAUCAU